AAUGUCAUGAGUUACAGCUGGUAUUUUCACAGUAUUCCCAUUCAUUUAGCAUGCGAGUUCAAGCAAGACUGGAUUGAGACAUUAUGAAAGAUAUGACACCCAAAUAUUCUAUGGGAGAAAUUAGUAACAGCAAAGAUGGUGGUACAAGUAUGAUUCUCAGGAGAACCUGGCUUUUUAAAAUCUUUUUAAGCAGCGUUUAUCAGAUUUGACUGGUGAGUAGCAGUUUUAAUGUCCUGGUGACCAAUGAGAUUAAAGUUUAUUUAAGAUAAUGGUUUUAAAUACCUGCCUGAAGGUGUGUUUAAGAUGGCUGCUUGUUCUAGAGCAGGGGUGUAAAUUUUGGACUUUAAACUGUAUUUUCAUACAUUUUAAAGCUUGUUCUACCGAUAAAGGCCAUGGGGGAGCCGUGGCCAUUCAUACCUCACCAAAGUAAUUAAGUAACACAUAAGCAAUAAAAUGAGAGAAAAGUUCUUGUCUUUUCUUCUUCUUUACUAGAGCAGACUUUCUUUGACAUGUGUACACUCAAUUUCACUUCUUUGUCUUACAUUACGAUAUCUCAGGAUCCAAUGUGUGUAGUUAAACUUCUUUACAUGGAGAGAAAGCGAGGUAUCACUGGUCUGGCCCACUACAGGUCAAAGUGGACUGACUGUACAUGGCCUGUGAUCUAAACAGACAGUGACAUCGCCACUCUAGAGGAACUUUAAAUUGGAUUAGCAGCUUGAUAAAGCAGCCAGUUUCUGUAGUACCUGAACUCUGUGUGUGAAUGAGAAAUAUGUUGACAGAUAAAUCAACGUAUAUUCUAUUCUUCUGCCUCUGAUUAAGAAACAGGCUGUAAGUUGAAAGGCAGCCUUAAACAAGAAUAUUUUAAACUUUGCAUUGAAAAUGUUGUGUAACGAGUUCCCUCUGUGAGGGAACUGAAAGCACAUUUAAAUAAAAGUUUUCAUUAUAGCUUGGCCUACAGCAUUGCCCAGAGCAAGUCUUCUCCUCAGGAUACCGCCCAUAUACUUCAUGGCUUCUUAGGGGAAAAAAAGCCAUAGAUGAAAGCUAAAAAUACUACUGUAUAUUUGGAAGAAAAAAGGGGAGUCUUGGGUGAGUGUGUGUGAUAACCCAGGCGGUCGGCCCUCUGCGUGUCCGACUGCCUCCCAUUCACUGAGGGUAAUUAGAAAAUCCUCAGGGCAGGAACUGCUCGGCUGUGUGUGUAUGUGCCAGAGCGCCACUGAGUGUGUUUAGCUUGUGCACAAGCAGGCUGAGGCCCAAUACUGUACCAGGCAAAGGUUUCCACCGGAUCACUCUUGCAUAACUCAGUGAGUGAUAACACCGGUGCAUUCCUCUCAACACACAUCACCAGCUGCCAGCAUCUUUUCCUCAGUUUUUCCCAGUUCACGUUUUAAAUGCAAUCGGUCUCAGAGCACCGGGUGAACGGGAGAGUGCGAGGUUCAAGAGGAGAUGGGAGUUACGGGGACACGUUUGCAGAUUCACCUCUCGGCCUGCUUUGAAGGAAGGGAGAGACUGGGUGGUCAUCCAGGCCAGAGGUUAUGCUCAUCAACAGGAUCACUGUGAAUCAAAAUAGCUCCUCCCACUUUCUAAUUAUGGAUCAAUAAUAAAUGACCCCAGCGACCUUCGCCAGAGCAAAGACAUGUCAUCAAAGUGCUCAGUGGAUCCCUGCAGCUAUGGCCAGGAUGCAGCAGAGACCAGACUGGAGAAGAAGCGAGGGCAAGAAAAGGAGGAAACAGAAGUUCCCUGUGGAAACAGCCGGCCUGCAGGAAGUCUGAGGAAGCAGGGACCAGGAAGAGAACAGACACUGCCGCCAGAGACACAGACUUGGAAAGAGGGACAGACAUUUUCCCACUCGCCUGUCGACCAGGAGAGCCAAAGUGGAGGUCCAUGUGUAGUGGCACAACCCCUCCAGAGGUCCAAAUUAAAGGACUUGUCAGGCAGGCAGAUAGAGGAGCCGAGGGGGCCUGGGCCUUUUUACUUUUUUGGAGGAACCAACGGAGCUAAAAUAGUGAGCAAUUACUGUGAGAGCAGAGGAUGGAAGAGGAUUUACAACAAGGACAGGGAGGAUUUCAAUCUCAAGUGGUGCGAGACCAAAUCACCAGCCCAGUACUCCAACUUCAGAGAAGGCAAGCAGUUGAUGUACCAGAUUCCCAAUAACAAGGUGCUCACCACGAAGAUCGGUCUCCUCAGCAGUCUUCAACAGUACGAGCGAGUGAGCAGCAGAGUCAGCCAUGGUCAAGCACUUAGGAGGCUGAAAAUGGAAGAGUUCAUACCCACUACUUUGCGCAUGGAUGUGAGGGAAGAAAGGGAGGCUUUCUUUGCCCGACAGGAGGGUGUGAGCAACAAUGAGAGCCGCAUGUGGAUCUGUAAGCCUACGGGUUUGAACCAGGGAAGAGGGAUCUUCCUUUUGAAGAGCAAGGAGGACAUAGCUGCCUUCAGACUGAAGCUGAAGCACAUGGAGGACCGCCAGUUCAACAGGAAAAUGCGUUACCGCCAGCCUCAGGCUUACAUUGUUCAACAUUACAUCAAGAACCCGCUGCUGCUGAAAGGGAAAAAGUUUGACGUGCGCUCCUACCUUCUCAUCGCAUGCACUGCACCUUACGUGGUCUUUUUCCGUCAUGGUUACGUGCGACUGACUUGUGACCUCUAUGACCCCACCUCCAAGAACCUUUCUGCCCACCUGACCAACCAGUACAUGCAGAAGAAGAACCCUCUUUACAGCCAACUGAAGGAAGACACUGUGUGGUCCAUGGAGAGCUUCAACGCCUACGUCAACGACAGGUUUCAGGUUGCAAAGGAUCUGCCCAGGGACUGGGUGCUGGGCGCCUUUGCAAAGCGCAUGCAGCAGAUCAUGAGCCAGUGCUUCUUAGCAGUAAAGUCCAAGUUAGACUGCCGCCUGGGGUUCUUUGACUUGAUCGGCUGUGACUUCUUGGUAGAUGAAGACUUCAAAGUGUGGCUGCUGGAGAUGAACUGCAAUCCAGCUCUCCAUACGAACUGUGAGGUGCUAAAGGAGGUGAUACCCAGCGUGGUUGUGGAGACACUAGAUUUGACUCUGGAGAUCUUCAAGAAGAUUCAUGGCAGGCAGAAAAUCUUUCCUUUGGUCAGUCAGAGGGAGUUUGUGCUUCUCUAUAGUGGUUUUUCCACUACAGAGAAGUCUAGCAUUGAAUUCCAGAAAAACACCAAAGAUGUACAGAAAACUGAACCCAGAAGGUUUAUGUGUGGAACAGAGGGCAAAAGUGUUCCCUCGGCAUCCCCUGAUAAUUCUGCAAAUGAUUCAGCACUUCCAAAACGAAGGAGUAGGUCAGAGUGGCCACUGUCCCACUAGCACUUCACAAAAUCAUCAUGAGUCAGGGGCAUUCACAUUAUACAGCUAAACUCAAGCUAACCAAAAGUACUUUGAAUCAUCAUUUAAAGGCUGGAAAUGACCAUCACAUCCCCUUCAUCACUAGCUCUGAGUGAGUGAAGCUCUACCUGUCUAUGGGUCUCCUGGGACACCGUACCUUACAUGUAGUAUUGAACAUGUGGAACAAUUUAGGAUACGAAGAGUUUAGUGUAGAAAAGAAAAGAGGAACUGUGACAGUAUGCAGACAGCUGCGGUAAAAAAAGCCUUUGGUGCUUUUUAAAGAUUUUAAGAGAAAUACUCUGGAAAAUGCGUCAAUAAAGAAUGUAUUCAUCAUCAACAAUAUCUUCUGGCUUCUUUUUUUGUCCUUAUUGGUAAGGAAGGUGUGGCAAAGAGAACCCAUUUCUUUGUUAGUGCAUGCAUACAACAUUCAUUCUCAAAUCAAAGGGUCAGGUAGAAAAUGCAUCAGUGAGUCAUCUGACAUGAAGUUGCAUCAGCAGAGCAGCUUCUGAUCUGUGGAAAGUCACUCAGACGUGAUUGUGUGCAAACCCUCCCACCACCUUACUGCAACUCUAACCAGGAAGAUCAACGCAAGGCUCCACUCUGCAGUUGUUGUAGCUUGUUUUGACUGCAGCCCUUUACCUCUCUGUGUCAUAACUCAUAAUUAUCUCUCUUGGCUACUCAGAGUCAAGUUCAGCGCAUGUAAACUAGACAGGCAUGGCCCCAUCUUUCCCAAUAAGAUAACUGCUUCAUCCACACGUUUCACAACAAGGAGGGAGCUUGUCUUAUCAACUUCAGGAGGUAUGAUAGUUUUUGACCUUCAACUGGUCGGCUCGUCUUUUUGUGACAAAACAGUUUUUAUUUAUCAUGCUGAUACAUCAGCAGGUUCCCAGCGUAAGUUCAGAGUGUAAAAUAGGAAGCUGCUCAGUCAUCUGCCGACGGCCAACUGACAGGAAGGAAGGAACAACUACUACGCUUCGAUUCAACAAAAACCUGCCACUUUUGUCUUCAAUUCCUCUUCAAAAGCUUUUUGUUUUCGGGGCUCUGUGGAAAUACACACUGCAUGCUGGCAAAAAGGGGGAACUAGAGCUUAGUAGCACCCCGCCUCCUCAUCCCCUGCUCCUGUGCACAAUAUCCUCUUCUAAACAC